UUCUGUUUUUCAAGAAAGGGUUUCUCUCUGUAGUCCUGGCUGUCCUGGAACUAGAUCUAUAGACCAGGCUGGCCUUGAACUCAUGGAGAUCCAUCUGCCUCUACCUCCCCAGUGCUGGGAUUAAAGGCGUGCACCACCACUGUUCUGCUGGAUAAAAUAAAAUUUAAGAGAUCUUUAAGAAGUCAUGAACUGGGCUGAAGAGAUGGCUCAGCCGUUAAAGGCUAGGCUUACAACAAAAAAUAUAAGAAGUCAUGAACCUGGGAAAGGGACCAGUGGGAGUAGUUAGACUGUAUUUUUUUUUUUUUUUUUUUGGUUCUUUUUUUUCAGAGCUGGGGACUGAACCCAGGGCCUUGCGCUUCCUAGGUAAGUGCUCUACCACUGAGCUAAAUCCCCAGCCCUAGACUGUAUUUUAUACAUGUAUGAAACUGUCAAAAGACCAGAUAAAAAAAGUAAAAAGUAAAGUUUUUACUGUUAUCUCUCCUCCAAACCAAACAAAAAAUUAUUAUUCGAUUACUCAAAAAGUAGGAGAUUCAAUGAGAUGUGGGUACUUUUUUUUCCCCCAUCUUUAUUAACUUGAGUAUUUCCUAUUUACAUUUCGAUUGUUAUUCCCCUUCCGGUUUCUGGGCCAAGGUAGUUUUUAUUUUAAAACAUUUCCUGAAUUUUCUAAGCUUUCUAUAGUAAGCAUAUGCUGUUUUCAUUUUUAGCUAAGUAGCACUGGACAGGCAAGCAUGUGAACUGCUCCAUGUCGUAAACAAGGGUAUAGGAGAGGCUGUCAUGUAAAGGGAUUUCCCAGGUAUCUUGAGUUGAAAUCUGCUCUUUUACAACACCACCCACAAGACUGAGGUUGCUUUCUUAAGUUAUCUAGAAUAAGUGUAUGACAACUGUAAAAUAUUUUAAAAAUGUCAGUUAACAGUCUUCCCAUUUUUCAAGUCCUAUUACCCCAUUCCCCAUGUGUCUGCUGAGUUCCGUUCUUUCCAGAACUUUUAACAGUUCUUUGUCACUUCAGGGCUCUGGUUUCACCAUUCUGUCUACCCUGCUUUAGAUCUCUCUCUCUCUCUCUCUCUCUCUCUCUCUCUCCCCCUAACACCCCCUCCCCAUAUGCACCCCCUCACCCCUAGUGAUGGCUGAAAUGUUUCUGUGGGUGAUUCUUAAAGAUGUUUGAAAGCCACUGCCUGAACCCUGGCCACAUCAGGCCUGCAAGUGGUGUUAAGCAGUCUCCCUGGCUCCUGCCUACAAACCCCCCACCCCCACCCCUUUUAAGCUAAGGUGUUAUUUUCCUUCACAGGUAACCCUAAAAUUGACAGCCCUACAAUUUCUUUAUAUCACCGUAUCAACUGGCCUUUUCUGACAUAGUGUUUGUACACCAAGACAGGCUUUUGUCUUUCCCACCUCUGGAUCUGUCCCAGGCCAGAGGUAUAGUGAGCGUGGUUGAUAUUCAGCCCAUGUUGGCCCUACUGAGUGUUUUCUGUAAUUCCUCCUGAGGAAUCUUCCGACACUCUUCCUCCUAAUUUCUCGACCACAGACAGGUCCAGCAAGUAUAUUACCUGCCUCCUUGGGUUAACGAUACCUAUCCUGGUAACAGUAAAUGCCAAACUGUCCUGAAAGUUUUAGCUUUUUCCAGUGGCAAAUUAGGAAAAAAGGGGAUGCCUUUUUAGUUUAAUAAUGUGACCCACCCUAUUAUUUUUUAUGUAAAGAUGACUACUAAAAAUGGUAAUUUGGAGGAUACUUUUCAGUAUCCAUGCUUAUUUGCAAAAAAACAAUGCUUCCCUGUUCCCCAACAAACUCACCAAAACAGACAAUCCUGUGUUCGCCUUUCAAAAGACAAUGAAUUAGUGGAUGCCACCAAAUCCAGCGAAACGAAUUCCAUAUCCACUCCCACCCCCACACUGUGUGUAUCCAUCCGUCCAUUUUAUCUAUUUAUCGAAACUGAGACAGGUCUGUCUAUGUAUCCCAAGCGAGUUUGAACUCACUAUGAUCCUUCUGCCUUAGGCUCCUGCGCACUAGGAUGGCAGGUGCGAUCCAUGAUAUCUGGCUUUGGGGUGAGUUUAUGACGGUCAGGUGAACUGAUUGAAAGGGACUCUAUUUACUAGACUGCUCCAGCUCAGAGGCCGGGCGACCGUGAGCGUCCCUGGAAGCCGGACGGAGUCUCCCUUUAAGGAGGGCGUGACGCAGAGGCUCGCACCGCCCAGCGCUGAGCGUCUCUGGGGAGGAGAAAGGAAGCGAGCUUGAGAGCUGCAGAGAGUGCGCGUGCGUGGGCUGCCCUCCUCGGGGUCACGUGGGCCGGGGACCCGUCAAGGCGGACGCAGGCUCAGAUGACCAAGUAGAACCUUAUCAAGAACGUCUCUGAAAUGUCCAGCUAAGAAGAAGAUGUCUAGGUAACACCUACCUCCCUACCGAAGAGAUCUGCAACCCAAGACCAAAAGCAAGAAACAACUGCUGGGAGUGGUUGAAUUCAGUUAUCGAAAGCAAAUAUGGAAAACGAACCAGGCCAGGAGAAUUUGGAACAGAACCCGUGCGCCAGGACUGUGGAAGAAGAGUUGAACAAGUCUUUUAAUUUAGAAGCUUCCCUUUCAAAAUUCUCUUGCAUAGAUCUGGACAAGGAGCUGGAGUUCAAAAAUGAUCUGAUCGAUGACAAGGAGUUUGAUAUUCCUCAGGUGGAUACUCCUCCAACUCUGGAGAGCAUUCUUAACGAGACGGACGAUGAAGAGGAGUCUUUUGUUCUGGAGGACCCUACAUUGUUAAACGUCGACACCAUCGACUCUCACUCCUAUGACACCUCAUCUGUGGCAAGCUCAGACAGUGGCGACAGGGCCAACCUAAAGAGGAAGAAGAAGUUACCGGAUUCUUUCUCCCUGCAUGGGUCGGUUAUGCGACAUUCACUCCUAAAGGGGAUAUCUGCACAGAUCGUGUCGGCAGCCGACAAAGUAGAUGCUGGCUUGCCGACAGCAAUUGCAGUGUCCAGUCUGAUCGCGGUGGGAACAUCUCACGGAUUGGCUUUAAUAUUUGAUCAGAAUCAAGCGCUGCGGCUCUGUCUGGGCAGCACUAGCGUUGGGGAGCAGUAUGGAGCCAUCUCUGCCCUCAGUAUCAACAACGACUGCUCAAGACUCCUCUGUGGCUUUGCUAAAGGACAGAUCACCAUGUGGGAUUUGGCCAGUGGGAAACUUCUCAGAUCAAUAACAGAUGCUCAUCCUCCAGGGACCGCGAUCUUGCACAUCAAGUUCACAGAUGAUCCAACUCUUGCGAUUUGCAACGACAGUGGAGGCUCUGUUUUUGAGCUAACAUUUAAGAGAGUCAUGGGCGUGAGAACGUGUGAGUCUAGGUGUCUGUUCAGCGGCUCCAAGGGUGAAGUCUGCUGCAUCGAGCCCCUGCAUUCCAAGCCCGAGUUGAAAGACCAUCCCAUCACACAGUUCUCACUGCUGGCCAUGGCGUCCUUAACAAAGAUUUUGGUCAUUGGGUUGAAACCGUCCCUGAAAGUGUGGAUGACUUUCCCCUACGGACGGAUGGAUCCUUCCAGUGUCCCGUUGCUGGCCUGGCACUUCGUGGCAGUGAGUAACUGUGUGAAUCCCAUGCUUGCCUUCUGCAGAGGCGACACUGUUCACUUCCUCCUGGUUAAGAGAGAUGAGUCUGGCGCAAUACACGUCACCAAGCAAAAGCACCUUCACCUGUACUACGACCUGAUCAACUUCACUUGGAUAAACUCCCGCACAGUUGUGCUUUUAGACAGCGUGGAGAAGCUCCACGUGAUUGAUCGGCAGACUCAGGAGGAACUGGAGACCAUGGAGAUCUCAGAAGUCCAGCUGGUCUACAACAGCAGCCACUUCAAGUCACUGGCCACGGGCGGGAACGUGAGCCAGGCCCUGGCUUUGGUUGGAGAGAAGGCUUGCUACCAAUCCAUCAGUAGCUAUGGAGGACAGAUCUUCUAUCUGGGGACAAAGUCCGUUUACGUGAUGAUGCUGAGAAGCUGGAGGGAGAGGAUGGACCAUCUCCUGAAACAGGAUUGCCUCACGGAAGCCUUGGCCCUUGCGUGGUCUUUUCAUGAAGGAAAGGCAAAAGCAGUAGUGGGGCUUUCUGGCGAUGUCAGCAAGAGGAAGGCUGUCGUUGCAGACCGGAUGGUAGAGAUUCUGUUCCAUUAUGCAGAUCGGGCUCUGAAAAAGUGCCCAGACCAGGGAAAAAUCCAAGUGAUGGAGCAGCACUUUCAGGAUACGGUGCCAGUCAUAGUGGACUACUGCCUUCUGCUCCAGCGAAAGGAUCUUCUAUUUAGCCAAAUGUACGACAAACUAAGUGAAAAUUCCGUGGCGAAAGGCGUGUUUUUAGAGUGCCUGGAGCCAUAUAUCCUAAGUGAUAAACUGGUGGGAAUUACACCCCAGGUCAUGAAAGAUCUGAUCGUUCAUUUCCAAGAUAAAAAACUAAUGGAGAAUGUGGAAGCCCUCAUUGUCCACAUGGACAUCACCAGCCUGGACAUUCAGCAGGUGGUUCUCAUGUGUUGGGAGAAUCGUCUGUAUGACGCCAUGAUCUAUGUCUACAAUAGAGGCAUGAAUGAGUUUAUCAGUCCAAUGGAGAAGCUUUUCAAAGUCAUCGCCCCACCUCUGAAUGCAGGGAAGACGCUCACAGAUGAGCAAGUCGUUAUGGGCAACAAGCUUCUGGUGUACAUCAGCUGUUGCCUGGCAGGUCGUGCCUACCCUCUUGGUGACAUUCCUGAAGAUCUUGUCCCCUUGGUUAAAAACCAGGUUUUUGAGUUUCUGAUUCGCCUGCAUUCUGUGGAAGCAUCCUCUGAGGAAGAAGUCUAUCCUUAUGUUCGGACUUUGCUACAUUUUGAUACAAGAGAAUUUCUGAAUGUGUUGGCACUGACCUUUGAGGACUUUAAAAAUGAUAAGCAAGCCGUAGAAUACCAGCAGCGCAUUGUGGAUAUUUUACUGAAAGUUAUGGUGGAGAAUUCAGAUUUCACCCCGUCACAAGUGGGGUGCCUCUUUACAUUCCUCGCUCGGCAGCUCGCGAAGCCCGACAAUACCUUGUUUGUGAACAGAACCCUCUUUGAUCAAGUCCUUGAGUUCCUCUGUAGCCCUGACGAUGACUCCCGCCAUUCUGAAAGACAGCAGGUGCUUUUAGAACUGCUGCAGGCUGGGGGCAUCGUUCAGUUUGAAGAGAGUCGGCUCAUCCGCAUGGCAGAAAAGGCAGAAUUCUAUCAGAUCUGUGAAUUUAUGUAUGAGCGAGAACACCAGUAUGACAAGAUCAUUGACUGCUACCUGCACGACCCGUUGAGAGAGGAAGAAGUCUUCAAUUAUAUCCACAACAUCUUGUCUAUCCCCGGUCACAGUGCUGAGGAGAAGCAGUCCGUGUGGCAGAAAGCAAUGGAUCACAUGGAGGAACUUGUGUCCCUGAAGCCCUGUAAGGCUGCAGAGUUGGUUGCUACUCACUUCUCUGGACAGAUUGAAGUAGUCAUUGGACAGCUUCAGAACCAGCUUUUGCUUUUCAAGUUUUUGAGGAGUCUUCUUGAUCCAAGGGAACGUGUCCACAUCAGUCAGGAAUCCCUGCAGAUCCCACCUUGCGUUACAGAGCAGUUCAUUGAGCUCCUGUGCCAGUUCAGUCCUGACCAAGUCAUAGAGACACUGCAAGUCCUCGACUGCUACCAUCUGGAGGAAACUAUUCAGAUUACACAAAAGUACCAGCUCCACGAAGUCACUGCAUAUCUGUUGGAGAAGAAGGGGGAUGUCCAUGGUGCCUUCCUGCUGCUGCUGGAGAGGCUGCAGAGCAGGCUGCAAGAGAUGACCCGGCAGAAUGAAAAUACCAAGGAGGACAUCCAACUGAAAGCUGUUGAAGAUACCAUGGUAGAGACCAUUGCUCUUUGCCAGAGAAAUUCACAGAAUUUGAAUCAGCAGCAACGAGAGGCGCUGUGGUUUCCACUGUUGGAGGCAAUGAUGGCACCACAGAAGCUGUCCAGCUCGGCUGCUGCUCCUCCUCAUCCGCACUGUGAGGCUCUGAAGUCUUUGACCAUGCAAGUCCUAAACAGCAUGGCCACGUUCAUCGCCCUCCCAUCCAUCCUACAGAGAAUCCUGCAGGACCCAAUUUAUGGAAAAGGAAAACUUGGAGAGAUCCAGGGCCUUAUCCUGGGGAUGCUGGACACCUUUAACUAUGAGCAAACCUUGCUAGAAACGACAGCCAGCCUCCUGAACCAGGAUCUCCACUGGUCACUGUGUAACCUGAGAGCGUCAGUGUCCAGAGGACUCAAUCCCAAACAGGAUUACUGUUCUAUAUGUUUACAGCAGUACAAAAGACGCCAAGAAACGGCCGAUGAGAUUAUCGUCUUCAGCUGUGGCCAUUUGUAUCAUUCGUUCUGUCUACAAAGUAAGGAAUGCACCCUAGAAACUGAGGGUCAAACAAGAUGGACGUGCUACAAAUGCAGCUCAAGUAACAAAGCGGGCAAACUCAGUGAGAAUCCUUCCGAGAGUAAGAAGGGACGGAUAACCUCGCCACAGGCAAACUCAGAACCUGUUCUGGACCCACAGCAAACGCAAGCCUUUGACCAGCUCUGCCGGCUGUACCGAGGAGGUUCUAGGCUGGCUCUCCUUAUGGAACUCUCGCAGAACCGAGGUGGCGACAGCUAUAGGCCAUUUGCCGGCUCCCAGAGCGGGCCUGCUUUCAACAGCAUCUUCCAGAAGGAGAACUUCCAGCUGCAGCUUGCACCUCCACCUGUGGCUGAAGACUGAGGCCUCCCCUGAAGAGCCCAGGCUGCAGGAGGCAGGGAGGGCCCCGGAGCCACCCUGCCACCCUCCCUCUCAGGGCAAUCUCCCUGGUGCAGAUCGGACUGCAGACAGGACAGUUUGAUUUCGCUCAGAAUAUUACUUCGUUCUACCCAGCCCUUCAGGUGUAACACUUACCCAACCACGUGUGGUGUGAGAAGGGGUCUGGGGAGGGCAUCAACUGUGAAAAGCAAAGGUUGGCACUGGGAGAGCAGUGGUCUGGGAAGCAGGUGUCUGUCAGUGUUUAUGUUAAAGCCGGUGACCAGAAGACCUGCCCUCCUUUGAAACAAUAAAUGUCUCGGUGUUUUGAGUCCUGCA